AAUUUCCUACCCCUUGGAUUUUUAUUAUUUCUUGAAGUGAAAACGAAAUAAAAAUUCUAGAAAAAUGACACAUUGGGCGAUUGAAACCCUCACUCCAGACCCAAAUAGACAGCAAUCAAUAUUGUCAAAGUACUUCAAUCCUGUUGUAUGUGGAAUAAUAGGUUUUGGUGCUAUGUGUGCAAUAAAUUAUGGAACUAGACGUCCAAUCCUAUCAGGUAUUCAAAUGCACGCACUUGCGGCAGCUGUCGGCGUUGGAAUUGGAGUGGCGGGUGAUAAAUAUGGAGGAGAACGUUAUUCGGAAAGAGACGCAGUUUUGAAGCAUUACAUCGAAUUACAUCCCGAAGACUUCCCAGAACCUGAACGCAAGAAAUUCUCUCAAAUUUUGGAACCCUGGGUACCAAUUCGAUAGAUCAUCAUCUAAUUUAGAUUUACAAACAAACGAGAGUGUAAAAAACUGAACUCGUUAACUGAGAAAAUAAAAUCAUUCGUUAGAAACUUUAGUUGAAA